CUCCCCACAGCCGCGAUCCCCCGCCAAAACGCCACCAGAGCUCCCGAUCUGAACAUCUGGCCACAAACCACAGCUUCUUUGCACCCGUCAAACCAUCACCCCAAUGGCUCCCUGAACGCGAUUGCGCACGCGCACAGCCAUCAUCCCCGCGAUAUCCAGCCCUGACAUCAUCGAGCAUGGCGCUGCCAUUCCCGCAGGCGAGCAUCAAGCUCGACUAUCCUCUCUACGCAGUCAGCUUUGAUCCCCAGAAUGCGAAUCGUCUCGUCGUCGGUGGCGGCGGCGGCGUUGGCCGUUCUGGCGUGGGCAACAAGAUUUCCGUUGUCGAAAUCGUCGACCAAGGUGAGCUCCGAGUAGCCGGCGACAUCGAUCUCUCCCGCGACGAAGACAGCGUCAUGUCGCUCGCCGUCGUUGGCGCCCCUGACGAUGAUAAGCCCUCGUACGUCUUCGCCGGCAUCAACUCGGGCCCCAAGGAAAUCGCCAAGGGAAAGAACUUCCACCUUCGAACGUUUUCCGUUGAGCAGACCAAGUCGCGAGCUGCCGGUGCUAAGAACCCCGAUGUACAGGUCGCAGAGGUGGCUCGAAGCUCCUUCUUCACCGACCGGGAUGCCGAAACGUAUCAGCGCGUGUUGCGCAUCUCUGGAUCCGUCGGCGCUGCCGCUACAGGCAUGGGAAAGGAGCCUCAGCUGGCCAUAUUCGAUGUCACGGGGCCUAAGCCCAAGGCCAAGGGUGUGCUGGACCUAGCCAAGGAUGCCGAAGACCUCGACCUUAUCUAUGACGAAAAGACCGGAGAGCACCUGCUCGUCUACUGCCACAAGUACGAACUAUACCUGGUCAGGAUUGGCAAGAAGAAUUCCGAGCCGGAACUCAUCUUUACCAUGACGGACGACCAUGGUGAGCUGCCUGCAUUCCGCGCGCUUCGAUUCAUCACGCCCAAUUUCAUCCUGGCCGCGGCCAACCUGCCAAAGUCGAGCGGUGUUAUCCUCCAGGGAUUCCGGCUGCCGAGCCCGGGCCAUGACAAGGCACGGAUAUCCGCGGUUGCGCGUAUUCCAAAGAAGAUCUCCGCAACGGCCCUCGCCGUUGCAAACGUGUCGCCGCCUUCGUCUCCCUCGACGUCUGUUGGCACUACGCAGUUUAUCAUUGCGGUGGCCGGUAACGACGCCUCCAUUUACUUGUACACCAUGGAUCACAAAGCUAUGGCCUCGAUCGAGCUUCUCUCUAACCUUUACCCGCUCUGCACAUUGAAAGACGUUCACAAGGGCGAUAACAUCACCGGCCUGGCGUUUUCCAACUUUGUUCCUCCGAAACAACACCUCACCCAGCAGUUCAUCAAGCUAGCCAGCAUAUCCCUUCAGAAAGGCGUUACCGUCCACAGCAUCGCUUUGAAGAGGCAUAUCGACGCCUCUUCUUCGAAGACGCCUGGUGAGGCGCCGGUCCGAUAUGUCACUGCCAUGCGCGCAAAGGCCCCCUCCAGGCGGCCCCUCGUCAUCACACUCUCCAUAAUGGUGCUCAUCAUGGCCAUCAUCGGACAGGGCGUCAUGGAGAUAUAUGGUGUCAGCAAACCUUACCUUGGCGCGCAAAAGUUCGUCCCGUCCUGGCACGGCACAUUGCGCGACCCGACUCACCCCCCGGCUGCAUUUUCCAAGGACUACCUCGUCUCAAGGCUCGCCGGCAGCGGCGUCAACACGGCCGAGACGCUCGUCAUGUGGGAAGCCGACCAUCCUGCCGUGGACGUCGAGGGCAGCCGCCCUGGUCACAAGAAGAUUAGCUUGGACGUCCACGACGAGGAAGUCCACGGCCCGGCCAAGACGUGGGAGGAAUUGCCCACGGCGCAAAAGAAUGCGUGGAAGCAGAGGCUGCAGAAGGCCGGUGCCUGGACGCAGAAUAUGGGCGAGAGUGUGUUUAAGGGCAUUCUCUUUGGUGAACUGGCUGGGGCGGUUGGCCAUGCCGUGGCGGAGGGGCUGGCUUAAGAGUUAAAGCUUU